CGGUGGUGCAAGUGGCAUGUACUAAGGAAGGCCAAACAAUGGUUGGGAAAUGUUUACACGAAAAAUACUGGGUUCAAAAGUGAAUUCAACAAAUUAGUGACUGAGGAGGUUUCGAUCAUUAAAUUCGAGAGAAGGUGGCGACAACUAGUGAGGAAGUAUGGGGUGGAAAAAAACAAGUAUCUGAAAAGAAUCUACAAGCAUCGAGGAAUGUGGGCUAGGCCUUACUUCAUGCAUGUGUUUUGCGCUGGAAUGACGAGCACACAACGGAGUGAAAGCGCAAACCACAUGCUAAAAGGGUUCAUCCAGCGAUCAGCGCCUAUGCACAUCUUUGUUAGCAAGUUCAAUGAGUUCCAGAAUGAUCGUAUCGCACAAGAAGAAAAGGAGAUCCACGUCACAAAGCAGAUGAAAAGGAAACGGCGGAUUGGUGUGCCAAUAGAGAGGCAUGCAGAAGAAAUCUACACCAGAGCCAUGUACGACCGCCUAUACAACGAGCUGUACCACGCAGGCAGCUACUUGAUCAAAGGGAGAGGCGCGGACGAAGCAUACAUUCUGGUGCACUACAAGGAGGAUGGAGCAACAGAUGAGAAAUUAUUCCUGGUUAAAGACUCCGGAAAUUUUAUUAGCUGUAGCUGCGGGCUUUACAACCAUGUCGGAAUGCUAUGCAGACACGCAUUGAAGGUGUUGAUGCACCUGGACAGAACGGAGUUGCCAUCCGGUAACAUACUAGCCAGAUGGAGAAGAGAUGUGGCAUGCGAAACAGGACAUGUAAGCGGUCAAGGGGUGGAGACCAGUAGCUUAGAAAGCGCGACAUACAUUCAGAAGAAGUUGAUGGUGCGUAGAGUACUAGCCAUGGCCGGAGUAGAAGGAACCUUGGACGAGUCAGGUUAUAAAGAAGCAAUGGAUGCGCUAGACAAGAUAAUUUCAGUACGAACCACAAGAGUGGAGGAGAAGAAGAUAGAACUUGGGGAAAGAAGCGAAAAGCCAACCUCUUGCCCAAAACGGGCAGUGAAGAAGGGUCGCCGUCAAAACACGAGCCUGAAAUCUUACAAAGCUAGCUUAAAGGAGCAAAAUAAGAGAAAAAAAUACGAGGAGGAUGAAAUCAGUUCAACAUCAGAUAAUGAGCAAGUGACCGGAACCAGGAAGACGAAGGCACUUUGGGAGAUAGAAUAGUUCACUGAUCUGUGUACCAAGUAUGCGAGAAGAAGGCAUGAUGUGUACUCAGUGGGACUUGUGAAGUGAAAAUUAAUGAGAUAAAAUCGAAUAUAAAUUAUUAAGAUUACAUACGGGAAGAACAUUGUUAACUUUGCCACGUAUCACGAGACAAUAAUUGAGGUACUUUACAUAAUAAUACACAGUCAUGUAGAAAACUGCGCGAACGAUAGUACAAAGCUUAGGGACGUUAUCAUACAUGGUGAUUAAUAUAGAUGACAGAAACAACAUAAUUAUAGAAAAAAGAAUACAAACGAGGGAAAGGGGGGGUUACUACUAUGCGAGCACUAGAGUGGAAUACAAAUGUCGUCAACAAACAAAGGGCGAAGUGACGUACUAAGACUACUUGUUUGCAACGACAAAAUAGACAAGGGCCGCAAGUAUAGCUACGAUGCUGGCAACUAGGAACACCAUAGUUAGUAUGCACGAAAUAAGCACGGUGGUGAGAGAGCCCUGAGUGGAAAGGGUAGACACCCGACCACUGAGCUCGAUGAUCUUCUUGCGGAUGUCGUCGAUCUGUUCAGGCAAGGAGGCGUCGGGGGUGCGGGUCUGCGCGAGCGAAUGAAGAGAUUGGGUACGGGCAGGAGUCGUCUCACGAGGAAGUCCGAUCUUUCCAAUGCCUCUAAGGA